CUCGUUUAAAAGAGAGUAUCGGGACUAGGCUGUCCACACUCAGCUCCUGGCUGGAUAUAAAUAGUAAAGGUUAAUUAGUUAGGCAGGAAAUUUGAUCCGGGCCUGGCAGUUCGAAUUUGAUCCACAGACAGGUAACUUAAGAAUUGCCCAUUGUCACCGCAAUCAGACGUAUAUAAAUCCCCCGUUUGACGGACAGCGCUCACCACACAGCCUUCCCUCUCCGCCGGAUCACCUGCUCGCACCUACUGCACAGGGACUAUGUCGCUCUCAUCUGUCCUUUCCGCUGAUGCCAUCGAGAGUGCUAUCAAGGACUGCCAAGCACCAGAUUCCUUUAAUCACAAGAAGUUCUUCCAGCUGUGUGGUCUGACCAAGAAAAGUCCCCAAGAGGUGAAGACCGUUUUCGGCAUUCUCGACAACGAUGGCAGUGGCUACAUUGAGGAGGAAGAGCUCAAAUUCUUCCUGCAGAGGUUUUCACCUGGAGCCCGUGUUCUGACCGACAAAGAGACCAAGGCCUUCCUAUCAGCUGCCGAUGAUGACAACGAUGGCAAAAUCGGAGCAGAGGAAUUCCAGGCCAUGGUUCUCUCCUGAAUCAUCAGACUGCUGCUGCCUCCUCCCCUCUCACUCAGAUGUUUCAGCACAGCUCAAGACCUCAUUGUUCUUUUCUGGAAGCCCCUUGUCACAAAUCAGUGAGCACCAUUUAUAUUUGAUUUUUGAGGACCUGUAAAGAGAGGGCUGCAAAAGCAUCUCCUAAAUGUACCACUUACAUAAAAUACAUGAUUUUAAGUAAAUAAUAAAAUAAAUGGUUAAAUAUUCUAAA